UGUUUGCUCCCUCCCUUACUUCGCUUCUCGCUGGUCGACAUCUGAUCCACUACUGCUUGCCCUGCGGAUCGCCUACGAAACCGUUGAUUCGGUCUAAUCCCGCUACAACCAUUGUUCUUCUAUUCCCUUGUUCAAUCGCAUUCAUCUCGAUUGCGACAGCUUCAAUCUCCGAACAUUCCCUUUGUGUUUCAAUUAUCGAACGUUACCAUUCCACCCUGUACCCCGGAUCGGCACUCGUUACCUAGAAGUGUCUUAUUUGCCGUGUCAAACACACCCUUCAACUCAGUCCGUGCAUCUCAUUGGGUCGUGGGACAAUUUUAGCCAAUCUCACCCCAUGCAACGAGACACCCGGCGGGGCCGUGACCAGUGGAGAGGUUGCUAUUCUUUUCGUGACAUUGUCUGUGACGACGUUUCCGUCUCGGCUUCUGCGACGUGCGCUGGCUCAGGCGUAGCUACAGGCGCUGGAACAAGCUCAAGCUCAGGUACCGCUUCGUAUCCCGUCAAGAGGCACGGUGGUCUCAAGAUGGGUCACACCUAUUAUUACUACUAUGAGCUAGAUGGCUCCGUCGAGACACACGACCCAGCCUUGCCUUCAACCACAGCCUGUCCAUAUCUUCCUGGCCAAACAGUCAAUACUUUAAUCGUUCCUGUCGAGCAGGCUCUCCGACAGCGAAGUGCUUCACUUACUUCCAUACAUACUGCCGAUUUAAAAACCAUGAACCCCGAAUCAAAAUACACCACACCUCGACCCGCGCCCUCAGCACCUGUCAACUACAUUCCUUAUCGGGUUGGCUCAUCUCCCGCACUGCACCACAAGUCUUCUUCUAGGUCAUUAUCACCAGCCCCGGCGGCAUGGAAGCGCUUAUUUGGUCGCAAGACGAAUUCAGAUGGGGAACGUGGCCGAUCUCCAGCUCCCCACGACACACAUGAGGAUGUGGAUUACCGUUGCACAACACCAUCAGAGGGCACUCGAACAAGAGAUAUCUCACCUGAGUCUCUUCGGCGCUUCCUGUCCGAUGACAGCCCUCGUCCUGGAUCCAGUCUUAGUGAGAGGCCAUCAAUCAUGAUUCCUGAUGAUAUCGUGGAGGACAAUGAAAACGACGAUGACGAUAACUUCGCCUCUUCUGCGGCCUCUGAUGGCCAGCCUUACGUUACUCAUCUCUCACCGCCUCCUUUCAAGCGAUCUCUCUCAUCCGAAUCUGUCAGAGCCGACAUGCUUCACUCUAGCUCGCUGCGCCCAAGUUCCGCCAAGUCUUCCAAACACAGCUGGUUGGAGACCACCAGCGUACCUGCAUCAGCGGUGAUUCCUUCUCGCCCUAGGUUAGAGUCACUCCGACCACGAAUCAACCCUGCAACAAGCUUCUUCCUGUCGCCGGCCACCCCAAACUUUCCCGAGGACGAAGGAACCAACUUCUUCGAUCUUACUGAUGACGAGGACGAUGUUGCAUCAAACAACAAUAGCGAGAUCCUUUCAUUUCAGCCAGCACUCGGCAUGCUCUCCACCACCGACUCAUUCGAGUGCUAUAGCCUCCCAGAGUCGCAAGGCCACGGCCCCAAGACUGCUGAGUCUCAAUCACCUUACCCGAAGGUGAACUCUCCAUCUCUGCUUCCCCAAGGCGAUUCGGGCUUUGCUGUCGGCGGAAACAACUUCCUUGGUGCUCCCAUUGACACAGGACUCGACGACUUUGCAGCCGAGUUGGGGUGGAUGGCCGAUAUCAUUGGCUCCAAGGUCAACUAGGCAUUGUCAUAAACUCGGGUUUUCCUCACGAUACUACAAAUCGACCUUGAUUAAGGACCGAACACUCAUCAAAUUCUACAAUCUAUGUCGUUUCCACAGCGUUUCCUUCCAGUUAUUGAAAAAUUUCAGUUCAACAUUCGAUGAACACAAUCAUAGCGGGGUUUGCAUUUUGGCGUUGGAGAAAAGAAAAGGGUUCAGCUGGGCAAGCUGACGAUAUAUACGGACCUCCACAGGGAUGGUAAUAAGGAACGGGCCAGGAUGAAAGGAAAAACAAAAAAACAUAAAAAAGGACAUAUAAAGAGCGGGAAGGGAUGGGGACAUCAUGGUUCACGAGACAGACGGACGACACGGCAGUUAUUGCAACACGACUGGGAAAUCAAGGUUCCCAGAAGUACGGUUUGCGGAUUGGGUCAUUUGCUUAGAUUCUCGUCAAGUAAAGUGGUUCAACUAUCGCAAAACGUUGAAUUUUAGAUCAAAUAAUAAGGCAAAAAAAUGGCAAUUCACAAUACUGUUCCGGUCCCGUCGCAUUACUCUC